AUGCUGGCAAAUGGAUUGAAGCUGAAUAUUGACAAGACACAAUACAUCUGGUUGGGUCAAAAAUUAACUGGUAUUCAGGAAUAUGUGGAGCCAGUCAAAAAUCUUGGUGUUUGGAUAGAUCCUGAAUUGAAGAUGAAUAAACAUGUGAAAAAUGUCUGCCGAUCAUCUUGUCUUACCGCGUCCAUUGUUAACCAUUGUUAUUUGCAACCCCACAAGCAGUCUUUUUACGGGCUCAUCGUCGAAGAAAGAUUCUUUCAGUUGUCAGCCAAGUUCACAGAAAUGCCAGAAAUUCUUUCGAUAACUGAAAUUACACUGAGUGAACUUGUUAAAUCACGCUUCAAAUUGAUAUAUGGCGAGACUCAUGGCACUUGUUACUUGUUGGAUCCACGCUUCAUUUGUGAUGGCUCAGCUGCUGAUUCAAGAAGAUCCAUGGAAGAUUCACUUAAGAUGUCUAUACCAAAAAAUGACAACAGUGUUACAACAAAAGAAAGAAAAAUUAUAUUAGGUAAAGAAUUAGCUAAAUAUGUCAUAUCAUCUCAUAAAGAAGACAGACAACUCAGUUCGUUUUGA